CGGCCGGAAGGCAAACACGUGGGAGUCUUGAGGCACCGCUGAAGUAUACCAAAGUACCAGACACUCCCCAUCACUACUACCAUCACCCAGCCUAUCCCUCAUCACCACACAGCCCCCACCUGUCACCAAUCAUCCCACCAUCACCACUAACACACAUCACCAUCACCACUAACUAGCCAACAAACCGUCACCACUAGGCCCCUCUGUCACCACUACACUCCCCAUCACCGUCACCACUCAACACGCCCUCGUCACCACCACCAGUACCUAUCACCAAUCACCCCAACGUCACCACUAACACAAAUCACCACCACUGACUAGCCUACUAACCGUCACCAAUACACUCCCCAUCACUGUCACCACUCCAAACACCCCGUCACCACCACCAGCACCACACGCCUCGGGACCGUCACCACCACCACGCAUCCUCCCGCCAUGAAGGUAAUGGUGCUCCUGCUGGUGGCGGCGGCGGCGGCGGCACAGCCCAGCAAAAGCCGCGGCCCGCUGAAGACGCUGCCGGGGGCCGGGGCGGUGCGGGAGGCGGAGCGGCGGCUGUGUGGCUGGAAGCUGGCCAACGAGCUCAACCGCGUGUGUAAGGGCGUCUACAACAAGCCCACGGUCUCCACCAACGCCCUCUUCUACAGGAGGGAACGAGGCGAAGGCUCUGUGGACUUCGAGGACCCCGUGGACGUGUGGCCGCUCAUGAUGGAACUGGACUUCUCUCCGUGGACACCGGCGCCUCCUGACGUGGUGCGCCGGGGGGUCCUUCCAGGCCCUCCCGUGGUGGCUGCUAGUGAGAAUCAGCGGCUGCCCUUCCUGAGCGGCCCCCAGGCAUCGCAGGUGGUGGGCAGGUCACGCCGGGUCAAGCGCGGGCUGUCGGCGGAGUGUUGUCGCAAAGCCUGCACGGUGUCGGAGCUCGCCGGCUACUGCUACUGACCUCCCAGCCAUCGAAGCCAUAUUGUUACCGCCAUUGAGAACACGGAUAGUACCAAUUCUUAACACCGUCUGCUGUCUUUUCUCCCUUGUAGCUCACCCUCAGGGCCUCUGACGCCCCUUACGUGAGUCACCCUCAGGACCUUAUGUAAGCAAUCACUACAUUAACCCUAUGCUAUAAGACCGGCGAACGCGUAAACAUCAACCAAUGACCUCUGACCCGACACUCUCUCUCUCUCUCUCUCUCUCUCUCUCUCUCUCUCUCUGAAUGGCGGUAACACAUAUUAUCGUACUCAGAGCAACAUAUUUACCAGUUUCUGAGCCUUAACUGUUGCCAAGAAACACCAAUAAUUAUCCACUUUAACGAUAACUAUAUAUGAAGGCGGUUAUUGGGGAGGAGGCAGUUUUGGGGUCGGAAAUCGGCAAACUUAAAGAGGCUGAGUACGAUAAUCUGGCAACGUUCCUCCCAGCCCUGACACUCACCUUGAUUUAUUCAGCACAGCGCCGCCACGCCUAUGACCUGAGCACUGUCAAGAGGGAAGUAUCUCAAGACGCCUCCCUAACCAAAAUAAACCCCGAAUUCAGAAUCAGCCCCUCUGGAUAUGAAUUAAAAAAGAGACACAGAACGUUCCAUUUUAUUGUUCACCCUCCGGCAGCACAGUAGACAAAAUAGAUACAUUCAGUAAUUCGUUUUCAGUAAAUAUUAAAAUCGGUUUUGCAUCACUUGACACUAUAUCCAUUCGUACGCACGCACACACACACACACAGAAAUAUUAAAAAGAAUAUUAAAAGCACUAGACUGUGUAAACGUAAAGCGAAUUAUCUUGUAUGUGGCUUGAUAUCGAAGGAAUUAAUGGACCAAAUCUCAAAAUAAUAAAUAAAUGAUUGUCACUUGUUCAUUGGUGUGUGUGUGUGUGUGUGUGUGUGUGUGUGUGUGUGUGUGUGUGUGUGUGUGUGUGUGUGUUAUCUCUCUACCUUCCUUUCGACCCUUUUUUCCUUUCAUAUUUCUUUCCUUCCUUCCUUCCCUCCUCUUCUUCUUUUAUCCUCUCGUUUCUUCCAUUCUUCAUUGAUUAACUCGUCUCCUUCUUUCUUCCAUGUUUCUUCCACCUUGUGUGUGUGUGUGUGUGUGUGUGUGUGUGUGUGUGUGUGUGUGUGUGUGUGUGUCAUGCAAACCAUUACAACCACAACAACUUAGCUUGAAGAAUACAUAGUUACUGUUGUUGUUGUAGUUCUUAUUUUUCUAACACUCUUUCCAUAACUCUCA